UGCUGCUGGCUUCAACCUUUGGCAUCACAAGCACUGAACACAUCCGACACCAUGGAUCAGACUGACUCUUCUGUGAAUGGAGGUGUGCUCAUCGUCCACCAGGUCCAUGAAGGAAAGCACCAGUAUGAAGUGGAAAACGUGUACAAGAAACAGAUUGGGAAGAAAAUGUUUGUCAGGAGAGGAGACCGGCUGAUGCAGAUAAACGGCGUGGACCUGCAGGAUCUCCCACCGGAGCAGUUGGCAGAGAUGUUAGCUGAGGGGAAUCCGAUGCUGUUGGUGCACAAGCAGAGCAAUAAGAAGGAGCACGAGGAGCUGCCCUCCAGCGAUGACAACACUUUAUAUGCUGUCUCUAAGGAAUCUAAAAUGCUCAGUUUCUGCAUGGAGAUGAGGAGGGAGGCGGAGAAUGAAGUGGUAGAAGAAAGUGAGGAAGUGUGUCCAGGGAAGGAUGCUGGUCAAGGUGAAGAUAUGGAGAACGGGGAGGAGAAGGACAUGCUCAUCGUUACCAUGACGAAAACAAGCAUCUCCAUAGUGACAGGGCGGGGCUGUGGCAGCGAGAGUUCCUGUGAGGGAUGUAAUGGGAAAGGAUGUAACUUUAACGAUGUGGUCAUAGUGUCUGAGUCCAGCACAGUGAGUCUUGUUCCAAGAGGAGGCAACAAUUUCUGUCAGGUUCAGACAAUGAACGCUUCAAUCAAACAUGUGGCCACCCACAAUUACAUCAGAACCCUGUGUUCACAGAAAUCCCUCUACGCUUCAUCUAGUCCAGAGAAUAUGACCAUCUACUACUACAAGUCAACCGGGUCUUUCAGAGGAAUGCCAGUAGUUCUAAACAUCACCGGCUCCAACUGCUUCCUCAGGUGCACCAAGGAGGGAGAGAGGGUGUUUCUGGAAGUGGAGAUGUGCGAAAAACCGACACUGAGACGGAUUUCCAUGAACGAUGAGAGCAAACUGUCCUUCCUCUUCUACAUGAGUUCUGACCGGACAGCUUACACCAAGUUUGAGUCUGCGCUGCACCUAGGAUGGUUCAUUCAAAUUGUCAACCCAGACUCAGCAGUGAGAAUGGAAACCAUGGAUGGAUGCGAGCAGGACCACACAUUCGUCUUCAUCAUUCAGCAAUGAUGGGGACGUCUCUGUCUUCUCAGUCAAAACAUUGACAUUAUUCUUUUUACUUGUGUUUUAUUGUUUCUUUGUGGAUGUAAAAGUUCUGCAAAGUCAA